GGCUUCACCCUCGUUCAUUUGCAUAUCGAUCAAGACCAUUGGUCACUCGUCUGUCACCAUUGUUUCAUUGUUUUCAAUGGAGUUCAUGUCAAGUCCGUUUCCUAUUACAAAACUACCACUGGUGCCGCGUUGCAAGAUUUUGAAAUUUUUCGACUAUGGAGACUUAUUGGAUAUAUCGCUGUGCUCCAAACGAAUGGCUCAAACUGUUCGAGAUAUUCAUAUAACCGCAGAUUUACAUUAUUUGACGCUCGGAAAAGAUAAUCAACAAUCGAUUCAAAUUCAAUUUAAACAAGAACAAAAAGUGAUUUAUUGGGAUUUCAAGUUAGACCUCGUGGAAGAGGAAAUGCCAGAAAGACGAACUGUGGGAGCAAUUGUAUUUGAAAAAUGCCGAAAAUAUUCCCAACGAGAAAUUGGUUUAUUCCAAUUUUCCUCCUAUCAUUACGAUAUUGAAGAUUCAAUUGGAGAAGUCUCAAAACAUUUAUUUUAUAUUUUUCCAACAUCUAUUGAAAUUCGACUUUCUGUUCAAUUCUGCAGAACUUUACGAAACUUAUUUUCUUACGAGCAUUUACAAAAUAUAGAUGUUCUCACAUUGCUUGGCUCAAUUAUGCUUCAAAAUGUAUUGGAAAAAAUAUUCUCAAGAGUGAAAAUUAGAAGAAAACUUUGGGUGGAACCGGAAACUGAUGAUGAAUAUCCUAUUUUACAGGCUCUUCACGUGGAAAACUUGCAUCUGGCAAGUGCUCGUUGGAUGACUCGAGAUCAUCUUCUACAAUUAACAUGUUGCUCCGUGGACUUUCAUGAGCAUUAUUUCGGAUGGAAGGAUCUUACUGUAUUCGCUGAAAACUGGCUUAACAACAAAAACUCCAAACUGGAAAUGGUCAGAUUUGGAUGGCCAAAUGAUAUCGAUUCUCUUUCUGCAAAUUUUGAAGGACUAAAAACUCAUAAAUGGGAUCCAAAACAACGAGAAAAGAAGUUUUUAUACUCAAAGGAUAAUAGAUUGCACCGAAUAGAUUGUACGAAGGGAUUGGAAUUGGAAAGAGAUGAUGGAGAAUUGGCAACUUGGAUAUAUGAACCAGAUCCAUUAACUUCAUCUUUAUACUUUCUAGUUUGGACUGAAAGAUUUCCAGAGAAAAAGAGAUUGGAAAAACUCCCGAAAAUGCUUGCACCAUAUUAUGAACAAUUGGUUCAAUUGAGAAAAGAAUAUGAUGAUUCUUGUAAUUUAGAAUGGCUUCUUUCAAAUCCAAAUCUAAAACUUGACGAAUUUGUGGAAACUUAUAGAAUUCUACGUGGAAUGGAUUCAGAGGUUAGACUCUCUUCUAUUGGAAGAGUGCGGAGACGAAGAAUAUUUGAUGAAAUGUAUAAUAUUAUUGAUGCACAAAAUGACUAAAUUAGAGUUGACUUUUUUUAUUAAUAAAUUGAUUUGGAAUGAAUAAAGUGGAGAGGUUAUCUAUCGAUAACUUCGUAUUAUGCUGGAGUGUUUCACUGUGGAGAUACUCAACAGCUCCAAAUCAAAACUGCUCAAAAUUGAUUUUAGAUAAAGAUAAAGUUUAUGC